AUGCAAUAAAUAAUAGAACCUUCAGGAACUAUGGGAGAUUUGUUAUUUUCUUUACAACGAUUUUGUUUGGAAGAUGAAAAGCUAAUUUAGUAUUUUGGAAGUAGAAUAAUCAAUUAAAAUGAAAUUUACUACAUUAAUUACUGCACUCCAUUGGAAAAGAAUUUAUUUUUAAAUUACCUAAUAAAUUUAUUUUACUCAAAUGAUGAUAUCCCAAAGUAAGAUAUAUUAUAUAUUGAUUCCCAACACAAUUUUAAUAUUCCAGAGAAUAUUUUUGUAGGUAAUUGUUAUUCAAUUGAGGAUUUGGUUAUUCAGUUGAAUUCAGCAAGAUAUAUACUAAAGAAGAAUAGAAAAAUAAGGCUAAUUAUAAUAGAUUCUAUUCAUUAAAGAUAAAAAGAUAAUAAAAGAAGAACUUCAAGAACAAUAGGGGAAAAAAUCUUACAAUUUGAUAGAGAAGUUGAAUAUGUUUUAGAAGAAUUGAUAAAUUUAUUAAGGGAAUUCAAUGCGAUUGUGAUUGUUCUAUGCUUAAUGUAGUAUCCUUAGAAUACAAUAAAAUUGUCUCAUAAUUUUUAAUUUCUAAUUUCAGAUAAAAUAAUAGGAUAAUUGUUGGAGAAUAAUAUAUUCUUGAUUCCUCCAUUAUUUUAUGAUUAAGAAUUGUAUAAUUAUAUUCAAAGUAAGAAUUUAAAGAACAUAUCAUCAAGUUGUAUUUCAAUAAUGGAAAAUAAAAGCAAAAUAAAGUAUUAUAUUUUUGAUAGUAAUUAAAUUAUUUAAACAGGAGAAAUAGCUCAGAAUUUUUGA